AUGCUAUUACCAACAAUAUCAUUUCGAACACCAGUUAAUCUUUUUAACGAUAAAACACGAUAUCGUUUAUUAAUCAUAUUUCAUUUAAUUGAUUUUUUUACAUUUUUUACUCGAUUUACCAUUUUAUGUGCUGAAGAUUUAGUUAAAAUAUCAAAAUUAGAUUUAAAUCAUUCAUAUCGUCAAAGUUUAUCAUAUAUAAUACCAAUACUUAUUUUUGAAUUGUUUAGUUCAUUAAUCAGUAUUUUUUCUCGUUUUUUAUAUUUAAUAACAAAAUGUUGUCUAAAAACAUUGUAUAAUGGUGAUGAUACUUCGAAUUAUGCAUUUUGUUGUAAACGAAAUACACUAUGGCAUCUAUCAACAUUGACUUGUUUUAAUUUAAAAUGUUAUUCUGAACAUUCACAAGGAUAUUUAUUAACACGAUUGGCUACUCUAGUUAUUUGUUUUUUCUUUCGUCUUUUAUCUUUUCUUUUGGGUGCAUCAUGUUCAAAUCGUUAUUUACCUCGUGCUGUUAUUUAUUACAACAAUUAG